AUGAAGAAAGUUCGGGAGGUUCGCGCCCAACUGAAAGAUAUUAUGGAGAAACAGAAAAUUGAACUGAUAUCAUGUGGUACGGAUUGGGAUGUUAUACGAAAAUGCAUUUGUUCAGCAUAUUUUCAUAAUGCUGCAAGGCUGAAAGGAAUUGGAGAAUAUGUUAAUGUAAGAACAGGGAUUCCUUGCUUCCUGCAUCCGACAUCCGCACUUUUCGGGAUGGGAUAUAUGCCAGAUUACGUUGUAUAUCACGAACUGAUCAUGACAGCUAAAGAAUAUAUGCAAUGUGUGACAUCGGUUGAAACACAAUGGUUAGCUGAACUCGGGCCCAUGUUCUAUUCUUUGAAAGAGGCUGGUUCAAGUAGGAUUGAAAAAAGACUUCAAAGUAUACAAGAUAUUCGGGACAUGGAAGAAGAAAUGAAACAAGCGACUAGCAGAAUGAACGAAAUAAAAAAAUCGGAACGAGAAGGAAGUUCACUUCGUUCAGUUUCAUCCGCGCAGAUAGCAGAACCUGGAAUAGUUUGUGCAUCUAUAAGAUCCUCAGCAAGUUUUCUAGCACACCCAUUGGAAUUCCGAUUGAAUCUGUUUUCCUUCAAUGCUGAGUUAAACAAUGUAUUUCACAAGCAAGUUUUUACAUCAAGCAGUAGCGGUAUCAUGUCGAAUAUGAAUCCAUUAAUGCUAAAAUACGGCAUAAAUGGUGUCCCGGUUUUAGUUCAAGGGUCCGAUCGCUUACCGGUAUCACUUACAUGUCGUCGAUGGUUUAAUUUACUGAAGGAUUCUGUCCCAAAUAUUACUGCUGUACAUAUUUCUCUGGAUACAUCAGCUUGUUCAACUCGUUUUCUAGAAGCAUCCCAAUCGGAAGCAACUCUUUCGAUAUGUUUAUGUCCCGGACAUGCGCAGAAACAUGCUGUUCUGUUGCAGCUAUUAUUUCAAGCUGCUGGUAAAAAACUUGCAACUUUAGAUGUCGAGGAUAAUCUUAUACCAAAGGCUAGUUUUAAGUUUACAGUAGUGCAUCACGCUGAAGGAAUAGACACUCAAAUUCCGGACACGACAGUUCAUGCACUGCUUAACAGUAUACCGAAAUGUUUACGGGUCUUGCAUUUCCAAGGCGUUGAUUUCUCAAAAGUCCGGCCAUGGACAUUUGCGCUACUCGUAAAAUUGAAAUCCCUACAGGAACUGUAUAUACUAGAUGUUGUGCUCCCAGUUGACAAUGAAUCUUUGUUUGCCAGAAUGAUUUCUCCAUCGUUCGACACCUUAACGAACAUAUCUGUUACUAAUAAUGCGCAGAUCACGGAUAAGUUCGUGUCUACACUGGCGCGCCAUUGUCCCGUCUUACAAACUAUAAAUUUGAGUGGAUGUAAGCGUAUUACUUCCUUAUCUGUGCUUGCCUUUGCCGAAAAUGCAUCGCAUCGAGUUGCGGAACUAACGUUCAUUCAUGUUCAGUCAACGAUGUUCAAUCCUAACUUGGUAAGUUUAGAAAGGCUAACAUUUGACGAAGCAUUUACAAAUCUGUCACAGUACUUUGAUUUAAUAUUUGAGGAAGUUAUGUUGGAAAAAAAUCAUGGAAAGAAAAAGCAAAGUGGUUUUCAUUGCAUGAAACCAUUGCAUGGGUUCUUAUCAACCGAGCGAAGUGCUGCUGAAGUUAAAUAUAAAAAAGUGGGUCAGAAAAUUAACGCAAGAUACGAUACAGUAUUAUAA